AGAAACCAUGGACCAGAGGUUUGAGCAUACUGAUUGGACAGAGGCGGUUGGGUUGUGCAGUGGCAUCGUCCUGGCAGUGGUACGGAUCGGGCCAUGGGGGGAAAUACGCCACCAUUGACAACCUCCAGCAUUCUCCAGGCCAAUUUAGGCGGUGAGGAUGUUACCAAACAAUGAUGUUUGUGCUUCAGUAGCCUUCAGAAAUGAGUGGAUAUAGUCGGAUAGCAUGUGCAUUGAGACUGGGUAGCAGUGGCGCUAUUCCCGUCAAUGCUCCGUUUGAACAAGGUUUGAUUUGUUAAAUGCUCAACAAAGAGUUUGGGAAGGGGUACAGUUUAUCAACCCAAAAUUCAAUGGGGAGAUUAGCUUGGAAGCGCAGCAGAGAAGGCAGAUCGAACAACUGAGGCUUACAUUCCGCUUCAUCCAUUCAAACAAUGAGUCCUCCUCCUAUCUUUAAUUCAUUUCUUCUUAUUCUAUGUUUGAGUAAUUUCUAUGAACUUCGUAAACAAUUAGAUGAAAAAUGUAUUGAUUCUUGAUAUUUUGAAUUUGGUUUUAAACUAUACGUAAAAAAAAGAAGAUGGAACAUGUGUUGAUUCUUGAGAUUUGGAUUUGGUUUUAAGCUAUACGGAGUACUUUAAUUUUUUCAUCUGAGCAUAUUUUAUAUUCUUAGAUUUUAUGGUCGAUGAUUGAAUAAAUAGAGUGCACAUUAGUUUUUCAUACAUUAAACCUAUUGCUUAUAAUUCUCUGAGCUGGGUCUCUUGGAAACAACCUCUUACAUCAUAGUAGGUGAUACCAAAUUAACAGAGAUUCUAAGAAAAAGAAGCUUUUUGAAGAAUCUAGAUGCAGAAUUAGGGAAGAAAUUCCGAGGUGUCUAACCAGAGGAAAAGAAAAGGAUUGGGGAAGAAGAAUAAGAGAAAAUGUGAGAAAGAAUAUUUGAUUAUCAAUUCACAUGCUCAAUACAAUGUAUCUCCGUCUCUUUUAUACUGAUCAGAUGACAAAGAAGCUAAACAGAAAUAGAAACAGAAUCAGUUAUAGAGAUUACUAAUCUAACAGCAUCGACCCAGAUCAGCUCCAUCUCAUCUCCAGCUCACCUUAAUCUUGUAUCGAUACCCCUUCCUUCAGAGCAGACUUGUCCUCAAGUUUGUACUACUGCCUUGUUCCUCUUUUGACCCGCCUUCGUUCUAUAUUAGGACUUCGAAUGAUUGGAAACCUGAGCUGCAAUGUUGUGAGGUACUCCCAUGUCGAGUGGCUACCACCCAAGUUAGACCGUUCCACAUUAACCUAUGUCACUGCUUUAUUUCCCUUUUUGACCAACCUCUUUUCUGAGGUGCGUAUGGGAAUAGGUCAGCUUGAGCUAGCUGCAUCACUCGAAAAUGGUUGAUAGUGGAAGGGACUUAAUGACAUUUCUUUAUCUGGAGAAAAUGAAGUGUAGCAGCCUGACCAGGAAGUAAUAAUUUGUAAGCAACUGCACUAACCCCAACAACAAUAUGAUGGGUUCCAUAGUACUUGGCUGCCAGCUUUUGGAUGGAUGUCACUGCCACUAAGAUCUGCCUAUAGGAUUGGAGUUUGAAAUAGACCCAAUCUCCCCCUUUAAUUUGCAUAUUUGUUCUGCAUAUCUUAGUGAUCAAAAGCUCUCCUCUGCAAGGUGUUGGAUAAUGUCCAUAAAACAUUUUUAAUAGUGAAGAUAGAACAUUAUUUAUAACAUAAAUCAUCCAUAAACAUUCAAAAAGUAUAUUGUCAAAGUAAAAGUAUAUUGAAAGAAUCAUAUUUUUCCCUGUGGAUUCGAUCCAUAAUUAAUUCUUACCUAUACUUCGAUCCCUAAUUAAUGUUCUUCAUGGCGUAUUGCGUAACCUCGAGGGGUAUUGAGGCGUAAGCCUCAUUAUUUUAGUUGGAUAAUGUCCAUAAAACAUUUUUAAUAGUGAAGAUAGAACAUUAUUUAUAACAUAAAUCAUCCAUAAACAUUCAAAAAGUAUAUUGUCAAAGUAAAAGUAUAUUGUAAGAAUCAUAUUUUUCCCCGUGGAUUCGAUCCCUAAUUAAUUCUUACCUGUACUAUAAAUUUAUAUAUAACUAGAUUAGUUGUUAAAUUUGUAGCCGCCAAACAAGCUUUACAGCACGUGAUGAGGGGGAUGCUCAGUUAGGAGUUGUGGGGGCUAGAGGUAGGCAACUUUAGGAGGGUAGAGGUAGGCCGAAGAAGAGUUGUGGCGAAUUAGGCGAAUUAGUUAGACAAGAUUAGCAGCUUCGGGAGCUCACAGAGGACAUAUGACCCUAGCUUUGAGUGUUUGGCAGUCUAGGAUUACAAUUCUAGGAUUUGUAAAAUUGAAUCCAACGUAUUAAUGCUUUGUAGGUAUUUUGCAAUUAUGUGGAUUAUAGUUUGAGCGGAUGGAGAAUCUCUCAGAUGUAAACGAAGCUCUGCUAAAAAGGUCUUUAGAUCCUUCACUUGAGUACCGUCAGAAUGGUGUUUUCAAGCGAAGGAGACUUUGCCGGACCAGAAGUGCCCCUCUCGUAGAUUACUUGCGUGCAGAAGUAAAUGGCAGUGUUUCUAAUCAAUAUUCUGAAUCCUUAGAUUAUACUUUGCGUCCAAGUCUCAAAAAAGUAGCUGCAUAUUUGUCAAUUUAUCUUGGUGUUGGCACUAUUUGCUUUUAUGCGAUCAGAUAUCAGAUAAGUGGCAAAAAAACUAAUCCUAUAGUUGAUGCUCUUUAUUUCUGUAUGGUCACUAUGACCACAGUUGGGUACGGAGACCUUGUUCCCAAGAGUUCCCUUGCAAAGCUUCUUGCUUGUGCUUUUGUCUUCUCUGGGAUGGCUUUGGGUGGAUUGAUUCUGAGCAACGGGGCGGAUUACCUUGUGGAGAAGCAGGAGGCACUGGUUGUUAGAGCUCUGCACAUGCGUAAAAAAAUGGGUCCAAGCGACAUUAUAAAGGAAAUCGACGCGCACAAAACUGGGUACAAGUUAGUUUUGGUCCUUGUAUUUCUCGCAAUACUCUUCAUUUCUGGAACAAUCUUUUUAAAUCUGGUUGAGGGGCUGGAUUUCAUUGAUGCAUUUUACUGUGUUUGUGUGACUAUUUCUACACUGGGUUAUGGAGAUCGCAGUUUCUCAACUGAGGGCGGCCGUAUAUUUGCAGUUUUGUGGAUUCUUACAAGCACAAUAAAUUUAGGUCUGUUCUUUCUUUACAUUGCUGAACUCAACACUGAAAAGAGACGAAAAGCCUUAGUCAAGCGUGUCCUUAAUCGGCCACUCACUAAUGUGGAUCUGGAGGCAGCUGACAUUGAUGAAGAUGGAACAGUUGGUGCUGCAGAGUUUGUUUUGUAUAAGCUGAAAGAGAUGGGGAAAAUUACUCAAGAAGAUAUAUCACUUGUAUUGGAAGAAUUUGAGGUGUUGGAUAUUGAUCAAUCCGGGACCUUGUCUUUGUCCGACAUAACCUUGGCUCAAUCUUCUGCUACACAAGUUGCUCUACAAACUUCUGACAAGAAGGCGCCCCCUUAACACAGUUGCAAGUAUUUCGGAGUUCAGUCGGAGUAAAUAAUGAUUGCAGGUAUUCUUGUUUUUGAACUCAGUGGUCUGCAAAAUGCAUAACUAGGGUUAUAUUUCAGCCGAGAAGAGAUCUACAUCCCCCCCCAAAUGAACUACUCCCUAAAUAAGUAUGGGUUUGGCUUGUACCAGUUUUUUUUUCUUUUUUUAUUAAUUUUAUAAUGUUAGAAGGUGUAUAUGAAUCUUUAAAGCAUCUAAAGUCGAUGAAAGCAAUCGUUACAUUAAUUCUGCCAACUUGCUGUAGAAAUCUUUG